AUGUUGACGAUGACGUCACAUAUAGGCGAAGCUCCGUCCUACCCAGCACACUGGCAACGUACACAAAAUGAUAACGAAUAUUCUGUUCUCCAUGACAUGAAAGGUCUUAUUGAGAGUUAUCAGCAAUCAGUCGACCAAAUAUUGACAAGACAACAUCAGCGUCAUGUCAUGCAAGUCCAAAGCAUUCCAAAAGUCCCAGGCAUCAUCUAUGAUCACGCUGUAUACGAAACACAGUCCAGCGCAUCCGUUGCCAGCACACAACAAAACUCCGUGUUCUCGACGACAUCGUUCACGCAGACAAAGGACACAUCAUCUGAUAUCGAGCAAUCGCACGACCAACCCCCAAGUCUACACGACACGGUAUUUGUAUUGAAUGACCGCCCUAUAUCUACAGAACCAGUACCUUCGAAACGACCAUCGCUUCAAGACACUACAACAUUCAUCCCAAAUAAAAGGGCCAGACCAGAAUUGGAAUCUGCUAGUAAAAUAGCCAUUGAGCAUCCACAGGAAUCUCUGUUCAACAAUGAUUCGGACCGUCACUCAUCUCUUUCGGCCACGUUGCCCAUACGACCCAAAUCAGAGACACCAGAAAUAUCUGCGCGGCUCACUGUCUUGAAUUUAGCAGAACAGGUCUUGAGAUCCGCAAUAGAACGGAUGAAAGUCUUUCGAAUAGAGACUGGUAAAGACUACAUCAAUAUCCACUACGAAGGAAAAUUGACCACUUUUGGACUGGAAGAUGCACAAAGCUUCAGCUACAAACAAAACAUUCUUCAAUGGUAUACUUAUCACGCAAUUCAGGCUACCCUGAUAUCCUUGAAAGUGCCGCACGUAUCGCCGACGGUCGUCCAAAUGUUUUGCAGAGGGCUUUUUGACGAAAUAACUCCCCAAACAGAGCGUAUUGUUUACGUGUACAAUAUCAACAACAUGCACUGGGUGACUAUUGUGUGCCAAACUCAUCCAUAUGUCAUCACGUAUAUGGACAGUUAUAAGCCCUCGCAUCCACCAAGCAAGGUGGUCGAAAAUGUAAAGGAACACUCCCUACUUCACUUAGCACACCAUGGCAUUGAGGCCCCCACUACCAAGCCCUCCAUACACGUCAGCUGCUCGAUCAAGCAGAAAGGUACCACCAGUUGCGGACCUUACGUGGUUCGCGAGGUCGAAAGGAUUCUACACCAAGAUGUCAGUGCUGACCAAGGGAACCCGAUAGCGAUUAGAGCACGCCACGCCGAGUUGGUUGCCAAUCUCAUAGCCGGAAGACUUGUCAAAGAUACGGACGUAGAGACCGCCACCGUCCAUGAUAGCACAGAAAUUCACGGCGUCAAGUUAACCUCCAAUAACAGUCCCGUGGAUGCUAGUGUCUUUGCACCAGAUGAUUCCUGGUCCCACGAAUACCCUGUAGAGGGGAUCGAGCCAACCAGCAACCGUAACGGUAACAUUGAGGAUCACGGCGUUGGUGCAUGUUGA